AUGCGUUCCUCUACAUUUGCUACAUCUCUUCUAGUCGCGUUUCUGCCAAUCUCUGUGAUUGCCGACUGGGCUCAACUUCAAGACGUCGUGAAAACAGAGGGAUGUGGUGAUGGCUGCUCCAGUCUAGCUCCAAUCUUCGAGGAUGAUGCUUUCGACGGCAUUUUCGAUAAGCUAGUUGAAGACGGUUAUGCGUCUGCUGGAUCUGCUGCCUUCGCAAAGAGCGAUGAUUUCAGUUGUGAUGAUGCCAAGUUCGCUGGCCAACUUACUUGUACGAAUGCAUUCCGAGCAGCCUUCGCUUCCAUGAGCGGAUUCUGUGCCUAUGGAGGUACCCGGUCCUCCCAGCAAUACGUCCACAACGCCGAUGGAACCCAACUUGGAGCGAUCGUCCUUACAGAGUCUUGUAUUCCUGCGCUUCAAGGCGCAAGCUGCUAG